CUUUUCCCUCUGUUCUUCAGUCACGGGACCCAUUUGUUAUUAACUGCAUGCUGCCCCGGAACUCCAUGAAACACUUCCUGUGCAGGCGCCCGUCUCCUUGGCAACAGGUCCUCCUUCUGCAACCUGUGUGCUAUCAUCAACCGGAAGUCAUUCGUUGGCUCGGUAUAGAGAGUGACGUCAUCUAUGAGGCGCGGCCAAGGGAAAGUUAUCAUGCCUGGAAAGUUGGACGGUCGUUUCUAAAGAGGUGCUUGUACUUUAUCCCUGAACACAAACAACAGUCCCACUUACCUGAAGAUCACUCAUGCUUUCAAAUUCUACAAGCAAGAAUUCCACUCACUGCUCCCUUUUUCCUAUAGACACUACACCUUAAAUGUAUUGUUUUAAGGUCCUGAGGACAAUGCAGAGAAGACACAGCAGCCUGACAGAUAAUCCUCCUCUGGAGAGGAGUCGAAGCCAAAACCUGAGCUCUGACACCAGUGUGGACGAUGGUGUGUUUAAUGGAUUAAAGCAAGACCCACCAUCAUCUCAGCAUCUCUUCUCAAGUCUAGCUGGUCUUCAACCUGGUCCAAUCACGGUGCAAUCUGGUUUAGUACUGGGAUCCUCAGCAGGAGGGGGUGACGUAUUUAUACAAAUGUCUCCCCCACUCAGAGAGGAAGCAAGUGGCCGCUCAGAAACCAGCAACUUCACUCACCAUCAUCAUCACCAUCCUCAUCACCGACAACAGCCACAACCACCGGCACAUCAUCAGCAGCAUCACUUUCAGCAUUCACAUUCCCGGCCAUCACUGCUGCAUGCAGCUACUGGAGAACGUCACCGAGAGGAGAACAGCGAGGAACCAGGCACACCUGCACCAGCCUUGUCUGAACUUAGAGCCAUUGUCUCGUGGUUACAGAAGGGGCUUCCUUUCAUCCUUAUCCUACUAGCUAAAGUCUGCUUUCAGCAUAAACUUGGCAUAGCUGUUUGCAUCGGAAUGGCCAGUACUUUUGCCUAUGCUAACUCUUCUGUCAAACACCAGGUGUCCCUAAAGGAGAAGCGCUCUGUUAUGACAGUUUUUUGGAUUAUCGUAUUCCUGAUGGGGAACACAUUGUACCUUCUAUAUAGCUUUCGCUCCCAGCAACUCUAUUACAGUCUUAUCUUUCUGAAACCCAAUUUGGAGGGUUUGGAUUUCUUUGAGCUAAUGUGGAUAGUUGGCAUCUCAGACUUUGUUCUAAAAUACAUAACGGUGUCCUUGAAGUGUUUGAUCCUCGCUCUUCCUAGGAUUGUCAUAGCAGUGAAAUUCAAGGGCACGUUUUACCUGCUGAUUGAAGAGCUGAGCCAGCUGGUCCGUUCCCUGGUGCCCAUCCAGCUGUGGUAUAAAUAUAUCAUAGGAGAUGAUCCUUCAAGCACCUACUUCUUAGGAAGUAUCCUCAUAAUCCUAUACAGUCUCUGUAAGUCCUUUGACAUCUGUGGACGAAUUGGAGGCCUGAGGAAAGCAUUGAGAAUACUGUGCCAUCUACAGAAGUAUGGUGUUCGCGCCAGCAGCCAGCAAUGUAGUGAAGCUGGGAAUAUAUGUGCAAUAUGCCAGGCAGAUUUCAAGGAUCCCAUAAUCCUAAUAUGCCAGCAUGUGUUCUGUGAGGAAUGCCUGUGCCUUUGGUUUGACAGAGAGAAAACUUGUCCCCUUUGCCGGUCUGUAGCGGUAGAAACACUUCGCUUGUGGAAAGACGGUUCUACCUCUGCUCAUUUCCAGGUGUACUGACGCACAGUGCUAUGACGGAGUGGAGGUGGAAGUGGUUGUAGAAAGGUAUUACUGGGGCAUCGACCAC